CUAUAGCUCUAGGAACCAGAAACCACCCAAUACGACGUCUAGCUGACUGAGGAAUCCACAGAAGGUCGGGCAAAAGCAGUUGAGUUGAGACCCAAGCAUCAAAGCUGUGCACGGUCUGCCAUGAUCUGCGCACUGCAGGCGUACAUAUACGCUAGAGGGCGAAUCCAUGGGGGGUUGCUUGUAUCCCGUACUCUUCGUAGUAAAUACAUCCCAGCUAUCUCCAUGACUGGUCUAGGCGCUUGGGGACGUGUCGCGUCUGCGUUCCCGAAAUGGCAGCGCGCAUAUUGCGAAGUGUCCGCACUAACGGAUCUUGCCCUCUGCCCUCACCUUCCGAGAUCCGACGAAAUGCUAAUGGCGCGCAUGAGCCCACAAAUCGGUCACCCGGCGAAGAGAAAACUGCCAUCUUCAAACGGGUGGUGGGCCCUUGCAGUUGGAAGCACCUCGGACGCCUGACAGAUUCCUUAUCUGCCUAUCUUCCGGUGAUUUGGUGGAGUGUCACCCUCGCUAGCCCAAAUCCCUCUGGUCGCUACCAUGACGAGUCUUCCCUCCAGCUUCCAGUUUGGGUCUGCGACGAGUGGCCAGAGCGUCCGCGAUGCUAUCGCGUCGUACCGGCGUGCUCAGUAUCUCGUCGCCGGUUCGACUGCCUCGGUCUCCUCCGACUCCGACCCAUUCGCUACUGACGAGGAAAGCGCCCUGGGCUUCGCCGACGUUGAAGACGACGACGCGUUCCUAGAGGGAGACGAGGGAGACGGCGAGGCCACACCUCGCCCAGCAGGCCCGGACGACGACGCCCUGUUCGACUGGGAGGAGCAGCCGCCGCCGGAGCCGGUGGGAACCCCCAUCCUCUCGCGGCCCAACCUCACAUUCACACGCCGCCUGGCUUCCCCGACGCCGAGGACCAACGAACGCAGUCCCCUGUUGCAGAAGAAAAUAUCGUUCACGGCCGUCCUACCGCAACCCCGCCGCAAGUCUGAUGCGGUCAACAGCGGGCUUCUCACCGUGCCGGGGAUGGGGCGCGAAGACGUUCCCGGCCACCCCGCCGCGCUACGCCGCCGGUCGUCAGCUGCGUCGGGAGCCGGGAACAAGGUUCAAGUAUACGCCGGACAGAGCACUUUCGGGCAGACUCUGUUCAAUUCUAUCGCGAUCCUUCUCGGCAUUGGCAUGCUCUCGGAGCCUUUAGCUUUUGCGUACGCCGGAUGGGGGAUGGGCACCGUGCUCGUUGUGUUCUACGGCUUCAUCAGCUGCUAUACGGCAAAGAUUCUCGCGAGAAUUAUUCUCUCCGAUCCGCGACUCCGGUCGUACGCCGACAUCGGUCGCAAGGCCUUUGGGCCAAAGUCCACCGUUUUCAUUAGUAUCCUCUUUUGUCUGGAGCUGUUCGCUGUUAGUGUCAUUCUGGUAACACUGUACGCCGACUCGUUGAAUUCGUUGAUACCCCGGUAUUCCUCCAACACUUAUAAGCUAUGGGGGGUUUUCCUUCUCAUCCCAACCGUGUUCUUGCCGCUAUCUUUAUUAUCUUAUACUUCUAUUUUCGGGAUUCUGUCCAGUGUUCUGCUGGUCAUUGUGGUUUUUCUCGACGGCGUUACCAAGGCGGAGGCACCGGGCAGUCUCUGGGAGCCCGCUGACACAUCAUUCGGCAUCGACAACUACAGUCGUUUGGGAGUUGCGUUUGGGUUGUUCAUGGCCGGGGUCGGUCGGUUGUCGGACUAUCCAGAGUUAUCAUCUGACGGGCCUUCUCUAGUUCUCCGGCCAUGCCGUCAUUCCCUCCCUUGCUCGAGACAUGAUGGACCCGAGCGAGUUCGACAAGAUGAUCAACUGGGCUUUCGUAUGUGGACCAUCCCGGCGUGUUGGCGCGCUUGUCCUCACCUGUGGCUCCAGCUUGUUGCGACGUCUAUCUACACACUGAUCGCAUGGGCUGGUUACCGGAUGUUCGGCAACUCGGUCAGCGAAGAGAUCAGCAUGGACCUCCUCGCCACCCCGGGGUACAACGUGGUCCUGAACCAGGCUGCUCUGUGGAUGCUCGUUGUCAGCCCGCUGUCGAAAUUCGCCCUCAACACCCAGCCCUUGAACACGGCGAUCGGUAUUCUGCUCGGACUCGACCGUCCGCUGACAGCGCCGGAAGAUCUCGCGGCGAAACUCGCAGCGCCGCCCCAAGGGACGCGGGUAUCCCUGAAAAACACCUUGUGGGUCCUGCAGCGGGUCGUGGUGACCUUGGCAUCUGUGGUCGUGUCGAUCUACGUUCCGGAAUUCAGCGCUGCCAUGGCCUUUUUGGGAUCGUUUUCCGCCUUUCUGCUCUGCAUACUGGGGCCGAUUGCCGCGAAAGUGUCGAUCGAACGUCGUUGCGGGCUGUUCGAUGGACUGAUAAUGAUGAUUGCGCUUGUGAUGGCGGUCUGGGGAACCGGGGCUGCUUUCCUUGACGUUUAAUGACUGUAAAUGACGAAAUGACUGCAAAUGAGAAUGAGUUCGACGCCUUCAAACGCGCUUGAGAUCACAUUCACUGUACAUUAGCUUGAUUUGGUGUCUAAAAUUCUACGACGCUUCUAUUUCAGCCAGUAAGGUCGGGAAAUCCGACCAGUCCACCAUGACGGGAUCGGCCCCGGCUGAUUUCAGCACGCUCUUCAUCUCUUCCUGCACCUCUGGCUCUGAGCUGCCGACAUACCCGAUCGUCCGGAUGCCAGCACGGACGGCACUCAGAGUCCCGUUCUUGCUGUCCUCCACAGCGACGCACUCUGCCGGCUCUUUACCCAGCACCUUGCAAGCAUGCAAGUAGAUCGCAGGAUCCGGUUUGCUCGUCGGUUUCUCCAAGCUCGUCGCCGCGCUGAAUAUCUUCUCCAGCGGGAAGUACUGGCUGAACCCCACUUUCUCUACGCUCGCCGCAACGCGGCGCCCCGCGCUCGAGCUCACCACCGCCAUCUCGUACCGCCCGCUCUGCGCGAGGCGCUCGAUCUGCACAUCCGCGCCGACGCACGGCUCGAGGGCCGCGUUGAUCUUGCGCACGACCUGGUCCUCCUCGCGCGCGACGUACGCCGCGAACUCGUCCGGCGGGAUCUCGAACGCGUAUUUCUGCUGCAGCGAGGCCAUCAUCCCCCGGAAGUUCUGUCCCACGAACUCGGUGAAGAGCGCGUGGCCGGUGUACCGGUCGGAGAUGCCGUGCGCGGCGAGGAUCUCGUUGGCGAGUUCGGCGCAGGCCGCGAAGGCGAGGACCUCGGAGAGGACGAGGGUGUUGUCGCAGUCGAAGAGGAGAGUGGUGAUCU